AUGCUGCAGCUGCCUCGUCGCCUUAGUUACACGCACCGCAAUCGUCUUUUCUGCCAGUUCUCUUCACCGAUUCUUCAUUCCAGAACUGUCUGUAUUUUAGCCUUAGGCUACCGGCCGCUCGCCUCUUCUCGGCCUAUUGUUCCCGAGAAACUCGUUGUCACUGUCGCUCCUGCUUUGGCCACCCAAAGGACCAUUUGCUCCUCCCGGACUCCAACUUGUCUACAUUGCCCGAUCUGCCACGUCAGGAGACUUGCCAGAGAUGUCUGUCUUCUCCACGAGAAUGCUUUUUGGAAGGUUUUAUUAAUUUUUAAAGUAAAAGCAUAA